CUGUUGCUUGUUUGUUUCUAUACGAUUUUUCUCGCAUAGCUGGUUUGGAUUAAAAAUCUGUCGCUGUAAGAGAACAGCUGAAAACUAAGAUGUGUGGAAGUAUUUAAUUAAAUAAGAAAUAAGUGUAGUUAAGUAAAGUGCGGUGUUAAGAAAAAAUGAAGAUAAUAUAGUUUAAUUAUAAGAAGGCUGAAAACUGCUGCAACUGUGGCCAAUAGUUUGUAAGAAUUCGAGGAUUUGACUGGAUUGCGUUGGUGGGUGAAUAAGUUCUGACAGUCGUCAGUUAACAAAGGCAGACGAACAUACUCAUUUAAUGUGAACGUGCAUAACUUCAGUGUCUACUUUACACGAUUGGGGGCAGCGCACCUAGUGGAAGACUGAAGGACGACGGAACGCAACGAUAGGUGCUAAUAAAAGUGUGAAAUUAUAGAAAGAAACGUCGCCAUCAUGAUCAGUGCACUGCUCUCGCGGCUCAUCAUAUUAUCCUUUGGUACUCUAUAUCCGGCAUAUGCUUCGUACAAGGCUGUGCGCACCAAAAAUGUCAAAGAAUAUGUAAAAUGGAUGAUGUAUUGGAUUGUUUAUGCUUUCUUUACAUGCAUCGAAACAUUUACGGAUAUUUUUCUUUCAUGGUUUCCCUUUUACUAUGAAGUGAAAGUAAUUAUUGUUUUGUGGCUAUUGUCGCCAGCUACAAAGGGUAGUUCUACAUUGUACAGAAAGUUCGUACACCCGAUGUUGACGCGCAGAGAACAGGAAAUCGAUGAGUACCUUAACCAAGCCAAAGAGCGUGGCUACUCAGCAGUACUACAAUUGGGCACCAAAGGCGUCAAUUAUGCCACCAAUGUUAUCAUGCAAACUGCGCUUAAGGGUGGUGGGAAUCUUGUGCAAACCAUACGACGCAGCUACAGUUUAAGUGAUCUCUCCGAACCAGAUGUACAUCGCACACAGGACGAGAUUGACGAUGUGGUGCAAAUGCGUCCACAGCAACGUAUGCUGCGACCCCGCACACAAGCUGGCAUUGCGCGUUCAGCGUCUGGUACGCGCCAUUCAACCGGCAUGUAUUUCUCUGAGGUGGAUGUUGCUAAGGGUGCGGAUGGUUUUAACUACAAUAUAAGAUCAUCGGAAGACAUUAGUUCGGGUUAUUCCAGCGCGGAGCCGGUAUCUGCUGCUUUGAGUAGAACAUCUUCGAUGACAAAUGCUACAAAAACACGCUUGAAAGCCAGACGUACAGAGAAUUUAAAUGAACCCAAACAGUACAGGCAAUUAGAGCAAAAUAUCUUUGCGCAGAGUACAUUACUUGCGCCAGGUGGUGGGUUCGGUUCUUUAGAAAAUGAAGUUCUGUUGGAAAGUUCUGAAAACUUACAGAACCCUACACUAUUCGAUGUACAGCAGUGCAUACAUAUUUUAGAAGACACGUCACAAGUAGCAUUUCAAGACAAAGUUGAUGAAGCUUUCGCUGAAACAAAACGGCCGAAUGAAAAAAUGCUACCGAUCGAGGAAAACAAUGAUAUGGAAAGUAGUCGUAUAUUGAAAAAUGUAGAUAAUUUAAAGGAUUUCGGAGGAGGCAUACAAUCCGCAGAACAACCGCCGUACAGCGACCACCUAGAGCAGCAGCAGGACAAGGAAGAAGAAGCAACGUUUUCAACUAACGAACCAGCUGCAGCAAUCCAUGAAGUACCUUUACCGGACGAAAUAAGUUUCAAGGAUAACAAUUCUAUUUGUAGCAAUACUGAUACCUAUAACACACUUGCAAGCAGCGAUGAGGACAAUGAAAGCGAUUGGUUUUCAGACGCAUUACCAUCAUUAGCCGAGGAUGAAACUUUUGAAGAUUUAGAGGAACAGCAGUUGGAGAAGCAGCAAGCAGAAAAUAUAACUGUGCAAGAACACACCACCGCGUGUAUGCAAGAAAAAACUCCAAUUGACCCCAUUGAAACCCAGUUAACUGAUACAGACACCUCAACACCCAUACAACUAGACAAGAAUAAAUCUGAGAAGCCGAAAGUUAGCGCUAAGGAGCUUCAAGACACUUUAAAGGAAAUAAAAGACAAUUUUCGCGCUACUAUUGCAACAACGACAGCGCUAACAAUAACACCUGGUACCAGUAGUAGUAGGAGCAGUAAUAAACUAUUAACUACACGCCCUUUAACGCACAACAAAGGCAAAGCACCAGCACCGCCAUUACCACCACGUCCCACACGUCCAGCAACAAUCAGUGGCAAAGCCAUCAGCAACAUUGCAUCAUCAAGCAAUACCUUAGAUAGCAUCAGCAUAUCGUCGCGCAGUUCUUCACCAGUGCCACAGAGGAGUAUCUUUAGAAAUUUAAAAACAAAUCUUUUUCGUUUCACCAGCAACAGUAGUUUGAGUGACAAACAAGGCGACGGGAAUGUUGAAAAGCCUACACGUGAUACACCGCCAUACGAAACACAAAUAUAGUUCAACUGCUAUGAGAGCAAUUCGAAAUUUGUAUAAAAUUGUAGUAAAUACAACAAAUUUAUCUUUGGAAAUGUCAUUUCGGCUAGCUACACUACGCUUCCACGCACUAAAAAGUCUGAGAAAGUAAAUGUAGCCACGUCCAAAACGCGUAGUAAGUUGGAUAAGUAGGCGAAAAAGGCGGCCAAUUCGAAAGCAAUGCAACCAAAUUUCAAAUACUCAUCGAAUAGCAAAAGAAAAAAGGAGCAACGGUUUAGUUAAUGAAACGCUUAAAGGUAGCAGCCAAACUCUACUCGAAGGAAAAGUGAAUUGCUUUAAAAAUUACCAGAUGUUUGUUAGCCACAUCAUUAUUUAACUGUGUGCUCUGGGAAGAUUUAUUGAUCUAAUAGUGGUCGAUAUUUUUUUUAUAUAACGUAUAAGUAUUAUGACUGUUACUCAAAGCUCCACCCCUACCUAUCGCCCGAAGCGUUACUAUUUAAAAUAUCAAAGAUGUAAAUGUGACUGUAAAAAGAAUGCAGAGAAGGAUGUUACUCUUCCAUCUAGUUUUUUUUUUCAUUGUAUGCUGUGAAGGCGGAUCUCUGUACGUGGCCAAUGUGAUAAGGCUUAUGUGGAUUCUAUCAGUUAUGAAUUCCACCAUCAGCUGAGUGCAGGUUCUUUUUUUGUUACUAAUAUUUUUGUAAUAACAAAAACUGCAUCGAUUAUAUUUAAUUGCAAUUAUUUAGGUUCAUUUUGAAAAAUAUAAUUUGCCACAAAGCACCGCAGAAAUAACACAAACAAUAAUACAUAAUUGGUUCGAUUUUUUGGUCUUAGCGCAAAUACUGGAGGAACUACAAAAUUGUGAACAGAGGUGCUCAACUAUUAGUUUGAAUUAUGUUAAAUGAAUUAAUUACUUACGUACGUACAUACAUACAUACAAACCUUAGUUAUUGUAAUGUCAACUCAUUAGUUAAGCGUAUUUUAUACAUAUUACAAUUUUUGUUUCUAUUUCCCCGCCUGAAUAUGAAUACAACUAGUAUAUUCAAAUAUUCGAACACGUUUGUAUACAUACCUAUAUACAUAAAUGCAAUAUAAUGAAAAUAGUUACUAACUUAUUAAAUCGAUAAAUAAAUUCAUAUAUUGAGUUUC